UUGAAAGAUGCCCGUGGAGGAAUCACAGGUGCCACACAAGGCAAUCUUCUCUCUGUUUUCUGCACAGCGGCGCCGCCCAAGCCCUUCAUCACCAGCAACAACUCCAACCCUGUGGAGAACAAGGAUGUUGUGGCCUUAACCUGUGAACCUGAGACUCAGAACACAACCUACCUGUGGUGGGUGAACAAUCAGAGCCUCCCAGUCAGUCCCAGGCUGGUGCUCUCCAGUGACAACAGAACCCUCAUUCUACUCAGUGUCACAAGGAAUGACAGAGGACCCUAUGAGUGUGAAAUACAGAACACACUGAGUGCCAGCCGCAGUGACCCAGUCACCCUGAAUGUCCGCUGUGAGUAUCUUCUCUUCCUCUGUGGCCCCGGCUGCCAGCCCAAAUCCACACAGCCUGAGGUCAGGCCUCUCAGUCCCUCUCAGGUCCGAGUACACAGACUCUUAACCCCAGACACCCAGGCUGGCCAUGACUUCCUGCCCCAGGUAAACCUGGGCAGACCCAGCCUGGACCAGGAAUACAAGAAGAGGAGCUGCUCCCGUCCUGGGAGGCUCAGGGUCCAUAGUUUGUUAUUGGAGAAGCAGGUGAAUGUCUCAGGCUCCAGCUCCGUGAACACAGCUGGGGUUUGGUUGGGACUUCAGGGUGGUGACUUGGGUAAGAGGGACACUGCGGCCCUUCCACAGACCAGGAGCUUCCGCUUCCCUCACCUAUGGCUUUAUUCUCUUUUGCUCCAGGUGGCUUGGACACCCCCAGGCACAUAUUACAAGUUAGGAGCAAACACCAGGCUCUUUAGCCAUGUAGCUUCUAAGCCACCGCACAGUAUUUUUGGCUGAGUGAUGAAAAGCUUCUGCAACACAUGCAGGAACUCUUCUUCCCCAAAGCACUGCAAAGAAUAGCAUGUCCUGUACCUGCCGAGCCUAUCAACUGGCCACUGGCCGCAAGAGGACCGCAGUCAAAAUGAUCA